CAAAGCAUUGUAGGUCAAAAAUGAGAAUUUGAAUCCCAAUAUGCCUAAGAAGAAGACGCAUACGAAAAAUGCAGUCCAAAAAUUACUAGUUGUAGCAAAAGAAUUUGUAAGCCCAUGCAGGGCCAUGGUGGAGGCAUGGACUUUACCUGACUUUGCACAAAAAAAAUACCAAACACACCCUACUAAACCUUGAAAGAGAAGUGUUUUGAUUCUUUACCUUAUUUACUUCAUUUCUUCUCUUCUAAUUCACACAAAAUAAAAAAUAAAAAAUAAAAAUAACAAAGUGACAGCUUACCUCACUCCCUCUUAGUCUCUCAUCUUCUUUUUCAAUUCUCUCUGCUUCAUGAUUUCCUCAACACACACUUCUUUAAUGGCAGUGAUCAAGCACAGAAAACUCUUCCCAGCUGCACCAGUUUCCACAAACCAAACUGACUGUCCAGAAUUUUGUGGCCCGGAUUGUGCAUAUGGCUGCUACCCUUAUGCAGAUUUCUACAUCCCACCACCCCCACCAUUUUCUGCAAUUGAUCAAAAUGACCAAAACCACCAUAUCUCACCAUAUGUGGUGCUCUUAGUGUCUUUGCUAGGCAGUCUUUUGCUCCUUAUUGGCUACUAUGUUAUUGUGGUAAAGUCUUACACAAGUUUGUGUAGCUACAGAAGCAAUGGAUCCUCUCUCUCUCAAUCUGGCAGCACAGAUGAGGAGUUUCUUGCAGAGAACCAAGGAGACCAUCCGGUGUGGCUCAUCUCCACCGUUGGAUUGCAACAGUCGAUCAUAAAUUCAAUCACAGUUUGUAAGUACAAGAAAGAUGAGGGCUUGAUUGAAGGAGCCGAGUGUUCGGUUUGUUUGAAUGAGUUUCAGGAAGAUGAGACUCUCAGGCUGUUGCCCAAGUGCAGCCAUGCUUUUCAUGUCUCUUGUAUUGAUACUUGGUUGAGGUCUCACACGAAUUGCCCGCUGUGCCGAGCUAAUAUUCUGAGGCCUCCUAAUUUGGCUUCUGUGGACACAAAUGAAGAGACCCAAGUGGAAAAUUCUGAGAGUGAAAUUGCAUUGGGUGUGGAUAAUCAACAGGGAUAUGAUGAGGUUUGUGAAAGCAUAGCUGAAACAGAGGAUGAAGGUGAAGAAGAACACCAAGUUGGUCUUGAAAAUACAUCAAAGGAGGCAACAAAUUCUAACGGGAAUUCCAUUCUUGAACUUAUAAGGAGGUCCUGGUCUUUUGAUUCUUCCUUGGCUGCAAACAUGUUAGUCAUCAAAUUGAAGAAUGCUGAGAAAUUGCAUUCAGAUGUUGCUCGAAAGCGAUAUUCUUCAAUUGGUCAAUCUCUACAUUUAAGCCCUGUUUUGAUGAAGAGGUCUUUGAGACGUAAGUGGAGCAUGAUUUCUGUUCUUCCCCAGUAAAGGUUGUGACGUUUGUACGAGUGUUCAAGGUGAGAUGAUUGUACUAUAAAAUAGAAAUUUCUCAUGUGCUCUCAAUAAGCUGAGGGUGCUUAAGUUCUGUUUCUGUGGCAUGCAAAGUGACACAUGAUUUGAAAUUAUGAGUUGUGAGGAAAAGAGAUUUAAGUCUUUUAUUACUGCAUAUGCAGCAUUCAAUAUAUGUCUGCAAUGCUACAUGCAUGUAUAUACAUACUAAACAUAUUGUACACUAAUCUAUAACAGGCAUGUUGGCAUGUUGGCAUGUUGACUUAUCCAUAUAAUAUUGAAGAUGCUCUCCAUAAAAUGAUUAGUAAAGACGAUAGAAGUAGUUUCAUUGAGGCUUUCUUGGUGUCGAUACAAGCGAUAUUGGAAGAAUAUUAGAAUCGAACACAUGGCUCUGAUGCAGAUAAAUGCUCUUAAAUUUUGAACUUCGAGUCUCUUGCAUAAGUUUAUUCAUGUGUAUUUACUUACCAUGUUAAUGAUGUCAUCAUGCCAUUGUUACCCUUAUUUUGGUUAUGCAGAUAAAGUUUUUGAUGAA